AUGUAAAAUGUAAAACAAAUGAGGGAAAAAUAUGAAAAUAUCAAAUAACUCAAUCCGAAUAGAGAUGUUAGUGCAAGAUCAUUUCAUAGUCAUACACCUUCGAAAGAGCAAUAUCAAAUUGCUUUUUCUAGUGGUUAAAAAUCAAUAUAGGAAUCUAAUAUAUAGAUUGGAAAAACAUUGUUAUGCAGUCCUUGCUAUAAUAAAAGACUUUUAAAUAAAUAACAAUAGAAUAAAAAAUAAGAAUCUGAAUUGGAGAAAGUAAUUUUACAAUUAUACAAUAGAGAUUGUUGAUGAAAUAAAUGGAAUAAAAUUAAUUAAGAGAAUAAUAAAAGAUUAAUUUUGAAGUUGAAUAAUUAUCAGUCAGAAAGUAAAUGGAAUAAUAAAAUCUAAAUAUUUCGAAAUAAUUAUUGGAUUAGCAAAAAGAAAAGGAAAAACUUAUUUUAGAGUAAGAAAUAUAACAAUAAAACUUAAUUAUAAAAUAAAAUUAAGAAAUUUUGUAAAAAGAAAAAAUUGAUAAAAGAAUAAAAUAACAUAGUUUACAUUAAGAACUUUCAAGCUAACUUGAAUAACAAAAAAGAUUAAAACAAUUAGAUUAAAUGUCUUAAUCUAUGGAAUAUGAUGAUCCUUAUUGGAGAUAUCAAGCUUAAGAAGAGAAAGAAUAAUAAAGAAGAAAAAAUUAUCAAAUGAUAUACAAUAAUAAUCACUGGUAAAAUCAUUAAAAAGAACAAUUGAAAAAAUAAUAAUAACAAAGAGCCAUAAAAAAUAAUGAAAUUGAUGAAAGAAUUAAGACUUUAUAAGAUUAUCACAAUUAAAUAGAAUAAGAGAAAAUAGAGAAAUAAUAAUUAUAACAUUAACUCAUAUUAGAUUUAAAUGCGUAAGUUAAACUUAAAAAAACAAGAGAAGAAGCUAUCAAAUUAAUAGAAUAACAAAAGUAGCGUUAAAGAGAAUAAGAAAUUAUUUAAUAAGAAAAGUAAAGAAAAUAUAAAGAAAUUUGUAAUAAAAAGAAAGUAAGCUAAGAAAUAAUUGAAGGUCUUAAUAAAUAAAUUGAAAUGUAAAAAUAAUAAAAUAAUAAAUAAUAAUAAAAAUCAAUUAAAAGUGAUUUUUAUAUAUUAAAACCGAUUGUAGAAAAGUAAACCAUUUCUUGUGCUGAUUGUAAAAAAUAGUAGGUUCCACAAUAAUUAAGUUAUAUUUGA